UGGAUGUGAUACCAGUUUAACAACACAACAGUUGUUUGUAUUGUACAGUAUAUACAGUAUAUAUCAUAGGGUUAACAAAACUUUCACGUAAAACCUCAAUCAGAUUAUUAGUAUUAUUGUUGUUGUUUUUGUGUUAAAUAUUGUUUUGAAAGUUGAAAUUGAAACUGUUGUCUACAUUACUAUAUAUAUAUUUAAAAAAUAUUUUUUGUGCCAAAAGUAUGACUACUACCAGUGCUAGUGUCGAGUUUAAUGGUUGGACCAUUUGGUACGAUAAGCAUGGAUCCGGAGAUAUACCUGUCCUUAUGAUUCCUGGUGCUAUAGGUACGGCAAGGACUGACUUUUAUGAACAGUUAGAAGGAGACGAUAUACUGGAUGAGGACAAGUUUACUAUCAUAGCUGUAGACCCUCCCGGCUCUGGUAGGUCUCGUCCACCAGUUCGCAAAUAUGGCAGUAAUCUCUAUGAUAUCGAUGCCCAAUGUUUUUAUCAACUUAUGAUACAUUUGGGUUACGAAAGUUUUGCAGUUAUCGGUUGGUCAGAGGGAGCAACCGCUGCCCUAUGGAUGGCCUGUAAAUAUCCGAAAGUGAUAACCAAAAUGAUCAUCAGUGGUGUCAUAGCAUAUCCCGACACCAAAGUGUUGACUGAAUUAAGAGCUAUUGGAUCAGUCAAACAAUGGCCACGAAAACGAUUGGAUAACUAUCGGAAAGCAUAUACCAGUGAUGAGGAAAUUGCAAAACUAUGGGAUAAACAACUUAUGUUUUAUGAACACAUCCGCACAUACUUUCCCAAUGAUGUCAAUGAAGACAACUACCGUCACAUUGAUUUUCCAGUGCUUAUCAUACACGGAGAUAAGGACACCAUUAGCACAUUAGAUCAUUGCAAUUAUUUGCUCAAACGUAUGGCCACUGCUUAUCUGCACCGACUGUCCAACGGUGACCACGAUCUCCAUCAGCGAUAUUCAACUAUUUAUUGCCGACUUGUCGAGGAUUUUCUACUAAAUAAAAGUCCAAAUAUUGGUACGAAAAAUGGCAAUAAUGAGGAUGUUAUCGGAGAUUUCAUGACAUAAUGUCUUAAUUUUGUUGUUUUGUUGUA